UUCCAAUAUUAUCAUCUCUUCAAAUCCAGCCCUAAUUCAUCAAUCGAAUCCACCAAAAUUCUCACUCAAUUCCACUCAAAUUCCCAAAUUCCAGUUAUCAAAACCCCAAUCCUCAAUCCCCGAUCCAAAACCCUCCAAUUUUCUCUGCGAAUUUGCCACAUUCCGAUGAAAUGAUCGUCUCCCCCAACGAACCCUACAUCGCGCUCGACUCGAGCUCGAGGUCGAUCAACGACACGGUGAAUGGGACGCACCACUUCACCAUCCGCGGCUACUCUCUGGCGAAGGGCAUGGGCCCCGGAAAGUACGUUUCUUCCGACACUUUCAACAUCGGAGGCUACGAUUGGGCGAUUUACUUCUACCCCGAUGGGAAAAACCCCGAGGAUUCGUCCACGUACGUCUCCGUUUUCAUCGCGCUGGCGAGCGAGGGCACCGAUGUGAGGGCGCUGUUUGAGCUCGCUCUGUUGGAUCAGAGCGGGAAGGGGAAGCAUAAGGUGCAUAGUCAUUUCGAUCGCGCGCUCGAGAGCGGGCCUUAUACGCUCAAGUACAGAGGAAGCAUGUGGGGUUAUAAGCGUUUUUUCAGAAGGGCUGCGUUAGAAACUUCUGAUUAUCUGAAGGAUGAUUGUCUUUCUAUGCAUUGCACUGUGGGAGUUGUUCGAACUCGCGUUGAGGGACCAAAGAUGUAUAGUGUUCACGUCCCCCCAUCAGAUAUGGGUCAGAGUCUCAAGCAUUUGCUGGAUGCUGAACUUGGUUGUGACGUAGUUUUCCAAGUCGGAAAGGAGUCAUUCAAGGCUCAUAAGAUAGUACUUGCUGCCCGUUCUCCUGUAUUUAAAGCUCAGUUCUUCGGACUAGUUGGAAAUCCUAAUAGUGGAAAGGUGGAACUGAAGGACGUUGAACCAUCCAUUUUCAAGGCUUUGCUACACUUUAUUUACUCCGAUGAACUUCCUGAUUUUACUGAAAUCGAUGAUUCAACGCCUGCUUCUUCUACGAUCAUGAUGCAACAUCUAUUGGCUGCUGCGGACCAAUUUGGUUUAGAUAGGUUGAAGCUUUUAUGUGAAGCAAAAUUAUGUGAAGAGUUCAGCACUGAUACAGUGGCAACAACUCUUUCCCUGGCAGAGCAGCAUCACUGCACGCAGCUCAAGCCCAUAUGUCUAAAAUUUGCUGCAGCAAACUUGGGAGUGGUGAUGAAAUCAGAAGGUUUUAAACACUUGGAAGAGAGUUGCCCCUCACUGCUGUUGGAGUUGCUGGAAACAGUGGCAUUGGUGGAUGAGAAGCCGAAUCUCGUAUCAGGUAAGAAAAGGAGCAUCAGCAGCAUCUUUGCGCUAGAUUUGGCAGCAGAUGGCGUAGCAGAAUCUGUGAAUCCAAACGGCCGUCGGGUGCGGAGAAGGACCUAG